AUGAGUUCAUAUACAGAAGAAGAGCCGGUCACAGAUCUUAAUAUUUUACUAAACGAUUUAAAGUUAUGAAAGAUGGAGAAUAACAUUGAAGAAGCAGUCGAGUCGAUUAUUUAUUAUCUCAGCUCAGACCAAGCGAGGCAGGAAAUGGAGUUUCACAGACGCUCGAGGAAAGGAGACAAGGUCAUGAUCGAAGAACUUGAUCUGUUGAUCAAUCAUUUCAUAAUAGAAGUUAUUCUAACAAGGGAUUAUGAGACUUUAGAGCAGUUUUUAGACCAAGAGCCAUUCAAUGAAGCGGAAAGCCGUGCUACAACUCUUGUUAAUUUUGGAUCCUAUUAUUCAAUUAUCCACGAGGACCUAGAAGCGCUGAAUUGAUUUGAGGAAGCUAUUGAGAUGCUUAACUCUUUUGUACAGUAUAAAGAUAGCUCAGAGUCAAAUACUCCAGGUAGCAGGAGUGAAGAUGGUUAUGUAGACACUGAACAAAAUAUUUUAAAUAUUAUGUCUCUAGCCAUCGCACAUAAUAACAAAGCAUCGGUUUGAAUGAAAUAAGGGGGAGUUCCAGAGAGCAUAUGAGAUCUGAAAGAAAUGAGUCAGCCUUAUAGAGCCAAUCGUGUUUGCCAAGAUAAAGAGUAACAAUUCAAAGAAACUUCAGGAAGAUGAGAGCCUCUCUGAAAAAGUUCAAGUUCUUCUCAUUAUUUUGCUAAAUUUGGCAACCUCAGCGAUUAAAAUUGAUAAUAUAAAAUAUGCAAAAGUUGUGCUAAACCAUGGUCGGAAGAUGGCCAAGAGAGUACUGGGAGAAAGCACUUUGUUUGAGGAUAAAUUUAAAGAAAAGAUCCAUAAGCACUUCAAUAAAAAGGGACAUAAUCGUUUCACCAAAUCAACCCAUAUUUCAUACAUAGAGAAAGAAGUUGAUGCACCAGUUUUUGAGCAUGGCCAAAAAAAUCCGAAUGGGAAUAUAUCUAGCUUGACUAAAAGGAGCGCUACUCAUAAUGAGGAGGCUAAGAUCUUCAGCAGGAACUCUAACUAUAAGGCCUAUCAAAGUAAUAAAAUAAACAAGAGGUCAUCUAAAGGAUUUGGGAACACAAGCAUGACAGUGAUUAAUAAAUCUAACAAAAGGAAGAUCUUUGUUGAUCGAGAUGACAACAAAGAUAAUUCUUCAAAUAUUUCAGAUCCAAUAGCUGCCAAGGAAGAUAGCAAACAGAUUAAUGAAGACAUGCUCAACACAGCUUUAGAACGAAUCAAGAAGGAAACUGAAGAGAAGUAUGAAGAGAAGCUGAAGAAGAUGGUGCAAGAUAUUGCUAAAGAACACCAGUCAACACUUGAGUCUUCGAAAUUGAAACAAAUUGAGUUAGAGAAAUAAACUCACUGCUGAAAAGCAGAAGAUGGACCAAAAAUGGGAAGAAAUGCAGAAGAAGCAGAGGCAAAUAUUUGAGGAAGAAAAGCUUAAAAAUAUGACCGAACUAGAUAAGAGAAACAAAGAAGAAAUCCAGAGAGUCAACACCCUGAUGAUGGAGAAUAAUAAGAAGAUCAAUAUGGAACAAGAGAAGUAUAACAAGCUGAACACUGAGCUUAAGAAGGAAAUUGACCAAAUCAGGAAGGAGAAGGAGGAACUAGAAAAAGAGCUUAAGCAACAAAAACAUCAGAUUAAUGAAUCUCUAGAUAGGGUGAAAGCAAAUGAUGAUUUUACAGGCAAAAUUGAAGAGGAAGAAGCAAAGCUCAAGAAUUAUGAGCAAAAGCAAGAGAAAGAUACCUCUAAAUCUAAUGAUAUGACUUCUCCAAUGGAACAUAAUAGGAAAAAGGAAUUAAGCGAAGUCGAAAUUCCUCUUGAUUUUGAAAUGGACAAAAGCCCUCCUGUUGAAGGAAUGGGAACUAAGCUUGAUAGGGUCAGAGAGAUGCACGAAGCAGAUGAGACCCUAGAAGAUGAGCAAACUGGAGGAGAGGAGAUGAAUAAAAUCUGGGAUAUGCUGGAUUAUCAAAACAGCCUGAGUCAAUACAAAGCUUAUCAGAUACUAUCAAUCGAUGAUAAUAAAGACAUUAUAAUAGGAUUAAAGCUAAUCUUGAAUCAAGAUGAUGAGCCAUGUAUUAGGCUAACCUGAUUUGAUCAGCAAAAUGGAGAUCCUAACCAUCCUGAAGAGCACACUAUCUAUGUAGCUGCGAUUAGAGCAGUUCUGCUUCUUAUAUCUUAUAAAGAUGUUGUUCCGAAUGACAAACCAUUGAAGCUGGUCAGGAAUUUCAGAGAAUACGUUAGGUUGUUCAUAUUCUCGUUUAUUCAAUACGAUCCCGAUAUUGACAAGGAUGAAGAUGGCCCAAUGCAAAUUAAAUGCAGUACCUUAGGAUUACUUAAGGAAGAAGUCCAGAUCAAGUUUUGAAAAAUGAAAUGAUCAAUUGUACUAAAAUACAUCCAGAAUAGAACAUUCAGACUUUCGUUCUACAUUGUCGGAGACUCUGAAGGAGUCUUCGAUCAUGGACUUUGUAUUGAGCUCUCUUUUGAUGCUAUUUCGUACAAGUCAUUUUUCACAGAGAAUGAUAUUAAUGCGACUGUGAAUAAAUAUCCACAGUUGGAUAAGAACUUAUUUGUUAAGAGCCAUAAGUUAGUCGACGGAAGAGAUUUGUUAAAAUAAAUUGGAGCCAAGCAUUAAGGCAUUAGAUGAGUAUGGGAAGGUUACCUAUCCAUCUGAGUUGAACUCAUUUUUGUAUGGGGAAGAGAAGACUAAUAUUAUUAACCAAAUUAGGAUUCUCCAGAAGGAGGAUCUUGAUGAUCAUGAUAUUGAUCAUGAUAGUAACCAUACCAUUCAGCAGCUUUGGAUAGUGAAGGAUGACCCAAAGAAUGAGAGAUGGGAGUUCAUUUGUAAGCCAAUGUAUGAGCUACAACUUAAGGAUGGGAAGAAGAAAGUCUCUGUGACUAAGAUAUUCACGUACGAAUCCUUGUGGAAAAUUUUCGGAGUUGACAUUGCAUCCUGUGAGCCUGAAGAUAUUCAAAUGUUUGCAAAUAUGGUUCUUGAAUCAAUCGUAUUUGAUAUUACUGACUUGAAUCAAGUUCCUAACCAACCAAAGACGGAAGGUCCUGAAGAAGUCAAAAUGAAAUUGAAUAUAAUCUGCCAUCAAAGGCAUGUAGUUGAUAUAGAAAAGUUCAAAAUGCCAAUGUCGAUUUCGUUGAUAGGAAACCAGGAGAACUACUUCGGAAUAAAAGCAGUGGUAUAUAACCGCCGUAACAGGCGAGAAGAGGGUGUUUUCUUCAGGAUAAACGGUAUACUAUUCCUAAAACUCUAGAUUACGAAUGGGAAUUGCCCCAAGCAGAGAUAGAUGCCUUAUCCAAGGCCAAGAAGAAAGAUCCGCUGAAGUAUUUCUACUCUUUGCCGAAGUAUCUUGAGGAAAAAGGGUUCGAGUAUAUUUAUAAGAACUUGAGAUUUGAUCCGGAUAAGGUCCCGUUCUUUGAGAACCGAUCUGGAGAUUUUGUGCAUAUUGAUACAUUUGAGAAGGAUUAAAGGGU